AGAGCUUCUUGGGUGCGCUAUCACUUCACCCUCCCCUCAUUUGUCUGCCUUUCUUUUUGGAUGAUGCAAAUUAUUUCACUCAAAUCACUGCCUUUCUUGGGCAAUUCGUCGUCGCUCCUUUGUCGGCUUCUGUAAUAACCAAUUUUCGUUAUUGUCUAUAAUUGUUCUCAUCUCGGCGGGGAUCUCUCCCCAGCCUCUCCGGUCUCCUGCGGGGCGGGUGGGGUGAGAGCGAGGGGACACGGUGUUGGGACUAGGUGAAAGGGUUUCGGGGUGAAGUAGUCUAGGUGCCCCGGCUCGCCUGCUUUUCCUGCGCGUCCUAACAGUGCAGUCAUGUGGCAGUGCGCUGUGAUUGGCUACACGCUCCUGGGGCUGUGCGCGGCAGCUCCGCCCCCCCACAUUAACCGCCUGGCACUAUUCCCUGACAAGAGUGCCUGGUGUGAGGCCAAGAACAUCACCCAAAUCGUUGGGCACACCGGCUGCCAGCCCCUGUCCAUACAAAACAGGGCGUGUCUGGGGCAGUGCUUCAGCUACAGUGUGCCCAACACCUUCCCCCAGUCCACCGAGUCCCUGGUGCACUGCGACUCCUGCAUGCCUGCGCAGACGCAGUGGGAGGUGGUCACCCUAGACUGCCCGGGCAGUGACGAGGCUCCCCGUGUGGACAAACUGGUGGAGCGCAUCUUGCACUGCAGCUGCCAGUCCUGCAGUAAGGAGGUGGGACCAGAGGGGGCGCUGCUGCAGCUCUACCCCUCCGAAGCCGGCCCCGAUCCUCCGCCCCUGCCCGGCGGGGACGCCCCCCACCACAACACCCACGGCGCGGGGAAGGAGCAGCACCUGCAGCACGGACACACACACACAGACCUCCACACUCACACACACACUCCUGCAGGGGGAUAGGGGGCGCUGUCCUCCUACCCCGGCAACUCCUAACCCCCUGUCCCCUCUCCUCCUUUAAUGUGCUCUCCCUCUAUCUCUCUAAUCCUCUUAUCCUUUUCUCUUCUGUUUUCAUUCUCUUUUAUGAGAACCCCCCCCCCCCCCCUUGAAUUACCUCAUUGUUUGCUCUCCCCUCACUUGUCCUUGUAUGACGCAACUAAAGCACUUUUAGAGCACCACUACUUUAUAAAACUGCAUAGAGAUGCACAUAAACAUACACAGGCACUCUUGCAUACCCUCAGCAACAUAUUUUUACAUCUGUAGCUUCAAAGAUUAAAUUAAAAGUACACACAAAAACAUACUCACACACAACAGAAUGCUCACAUACGCAUACACAUGCAAAUACAGAAAAACUCUGCCCACAUUCCCAACUUCCCAACCUCGUUGUAUGCUGUACAAUAUUUAUCCUCUGUGUCCAUGUGUUAAGGGCUUAGGGGACUACAGUCACUUUCUCAACUCUUGGCUUUAGACUAUAAAAACCUGUAAUCAGAUCUGUGUAAACGUGAGUCUUUGAACAUAAUAAACUCUUGAGUUACAGUC